CUCUUAAAGCAUCGUCAUCGUGAUCAAGUUGGCCAUUCAUCAUGUGUUUAUUCUCCUCAUCGUCACACACAGCGUAAUUCUUUAGUCCCAUUUGCAGCUACUCCUAUGCCCGAAAACGUAACCGAAAUCCGAUUGAAAAAAAGGCUCUGUUGCCCUCAGUCUAUUCUCCGUCAAACGACAGAUCAAUCAACAUACCACAAAAAUGACGAUGACCGUUUACAGGCACUAUACGAUGAGGCAUACACAGAGCUCAAGAAAUCAAUUGAUAGCUAUAACAAUAGUUUUGUUGCUCAUAUGCGAUCCUUGGAGGCCAUGCCAAAUCGUGAUAUCUUAGCCCAAGAUAGCCAAUGCCCAACGGAAGAUAGGUCAAUUAAGGAUCUUACUGAUCGUCUUGCAGCUGGAUCUAUCAAGGACUAUAGUCCACUGAUCGAGCAUGGACUCAAACAGGAUCCACAAAUUGGCUUUGAAGAAGAAGGGGCUUGCGGAGACUUGUGGUGAAGAGAAGAAGAAAAAAAAAGAAAAAGAAAAGAAAAGUAAAGUAAAGUAAAACAAUUUA